UCUCUGGUGGCCAUAUUCCCAAGUUUAGAUUCUGUUUCCGCCGUUUUCCCCGUCGUGUUGGUAGCCCUACAAAUUUUAAACGGCAACGGUUUAUGAUGUGCCUGAAGACGCUACGCGAGUGUUUUGGCCGAACUUGUGAGUAAAUAAUAGUGGUUUAAUGGAAGAGUUGUUGGAAUAUGACAUUGAAAGUAUUCUACUGAGCAGAACAAAAAAUGUUUUUCCACAUCAACAACGCGUAAUCGCCGCUUGCGAAACAUUCUUGAACUCAGUCUCGAGUUCCAUCAAAAAACAAUGUGCUCAAAAACAUGAUUACCAAAAAAAGGUCGCCAAAAAUGAAGCUAUCAUCGCAGACGUCACGAAUCAAAUUAAAGAAAUUCAAAAUGAAUACGCAAAUAUCGCACUGCAACAGAAGGUUAUGGAAAAACAGAUAAGCAACGUUCUCCAAAAGCAAGAGAAAGUCAAACAAAAAAUAGUGGAAGGAAGAUCUCAAGAAGAGGAAUAUGCUCUCGAAAUUGUGGAUCUGGAAAAAGAUGCAGAGGAAAACAGAAUGAAGAAAAAAAUGAAUUGGGACGCAGUGAGAAGAGCGUGCUCGGCCUAUAAAUUAGGUCUUCAGUUUCGUAUUGAAAUAAUUGAUUCCUCGGAAGUCUGUGACAGGGUGAGAAUAAGUUUCUUCAAACUCCUCAAAGAUGACAGCCCCCAAUAUUACGCAGACUUGAUUAGAACAGCUGAUUUAUGGCGAGUGGAACUUAUUCAUCCAUCUUUAAACCUGAAACAUCAAGAGCGCUUAAAAUGUGUUGUAAACUUCGAAAAGCAGCAAGAAAUUUCAGAUAUUACCGCAUUUUUAUGCCUUUUGCGAGAAAUCUUCAAAGAACUACGCAAGAAUUGAAUGUACUUGCUUGAAUGAAAACGUAAGCUAAAAUGAGACAGCUGUUUAUCUAAUAUUGUAAUUGGUGGCAGGCCAUUCCAAUAAUUUUAUUGAAAAUCAAGUUCGCAUGUUGUCGCGCCCCGAGGUUUGUGUAUGAAAAAAAGUGAUAGUGGUAAACAGUUAAAAGAGUAAAGCCUUUAUUAUUAAAAAUUGAAAUAUCUAAUAAUUGUUUCAUCACAUAUACAGAAUAACAUUUAAAUUUAUGUUAACGUUAAAACGGUCCAAGCAAAAUACAAUGUCUUUACCUCAACCCUUAGUGUGUAUGCAUCAUGUACUUUGAAGCUUCCAACUAAAUGUAGUUGUUGCUUUAAAACGUGCGGUGUUUGGUUUACCUCAACAAUUUCCAUCAAAUUUUUAGCAGGUCUUACACCCUACUAAGUUUUGAAUUCUCAGUCAAUUGUUUUUUCCUUGCAUUUUCCUUUAUAGAUUGAGAACUACACGACUCACGUUACUGAAGUACGUUAAUGGUCACUCUCACGUCUGUAAUUAGUAUUAUAUUAUUCUUUGUCUCAUUUCAUGUAAUUGAUGUGAUGUAAGUUUUUUAAUAAGUGAUCGUUACCCUCUGAUUAUAAUUGAUGACGACUGUAAAUCACAGCAUGGAUAAAUAACAAUUACGUAGAUACUAAAUUA